UCUUGGCAACGCCUCUGUAAACGUAAAGAAGAAGGUGGUAUGGGCUUCCACGACAUCAGUAGUUUCAAAGCGUUGUUGGCUAAACAAGCGUGGUGCAUUUUGCAACGACCUAACUCUUUGGUUGCUAGGGUUUUUCAAAGUAAGUACUGGAGAAAUGGGUCCUUCAUGGAUUGUGGGGAAGGCACUCGACCUUCGUAUGCUUGGCGGAGCAUACUUCAUGGAAGAGAGCUACUAGUUAAAGGCUUGGUCAAAAGAAUAGGAAAUGGUAAUGCAACCAAAGUCUGGACGGAGAACUGGCUUCAAAAUCCUAUUCCAAGAGAACCAAUGUACAAGCAGGACAUCGUUGUUGAUCUAACACUCAAUGUUGCUGACCUUCUCAUUCCCCAGACAUGCUUAUGGGACACUCUGAAACUUAACGAGCUCUUUAUUGAAGAAGAUGUAGCUUCAAUACUAAGCAUCAAACCGCUGAUCCACAAGGAGCAUAGACUAUGUUGGGGUUUCACUCGAGAAGGUUCUUAUUCAUCACAGAGUGGAUAUAAACUCAUUGAUACUCUAAAGAAUAUGCAGGUACCUGGCAACGGUUCACUACCACCUAUUGAGAAGAGCCUCUGGAAAAACAUUUGGAAGCUGCAAACAACACCAAAGAUUCGUCAUUUCAUCUGGCGAGCUAUGGCAGGUGCUCUGGCUGUAGCUGAACAGCUACAUUAUCGAGGGAUUCCAGUAGAUCGAACAUGUAAAGCUUGUGGAGCAUGCCAGGAGUCUAUUUGUCACACUUUGUUCAACUGUCCAACGGCUAGAGAUACAUGGUCUGCAGCAGGCUUGCCUCUCCCGGAGAGAGGGCUUUCUCAAAACUCUGUUUUCCUCAACAUGCACCAUUUAGUGGCUUGCACCAAAAGCAAAAAUUGCUCUACUCAACUUCGACAGAGUAUCCCGUGGGUGCUUUGGCAGAUUUGGAAAGCUCGCAAUGUUUUAGUCUUUGAAAAGUCAGAAUGGACCCGGCUUCUAUACUGAGGAAGGCUGAGGAAGAGUCCAACAUUUGGUUUAAGCUGAACUACCCUGACGCUAGCUCCUCAGACCCCAAUAAUACACUCGGAGCUAUCACACCGUCUUGGAAGACACCAGCUGAUGACAUUUUAAAAUGUAACAUAUCUGCCUCAUGGUCUGAAUCGUCCCGUAUGAGUGGAGCAUCCUGGAUAGUAAGGAAUAGCAGAUGAAAGGUUUUAAUGCAUGGCAGGAGAUCUUUUUCCUUCGUGCGGUCCAGAGAACUUGCAGAGCUCUCAGCUAUCUAUUGGGCUGUCGAAAGCAUGAAUUCCCUGCGUAAGGAUAAGAUCAUCUUUGAAUCUUCAUGCGAGCGCGCAAGAUCUUGUUUCCUAACCCCAAGUUCAUGCAAUGGAGCCGUGGAACUUGUGGGGAACAUUUGUGAUUUGGUACAAAGGUUUCAACACUGGUCUUUGGACCAUGUUCUGGAGGCAAGGAACGUGAUAGCGCAGAGAAUCGCCACUAGUGUUGUAGGCACAUGAGGGGUAACCCACGAAUUGAUAGAGGUUGGAUCCAAGCUACAACCUGAGAACAAUGAGAACCGAUUUUUAUGAGUUUUUAGAGUUUUAUAAUGCAAACAGAAACAAAUGUGAAUAUGAAUCAAAAUGAUAAUAUGAAUAAAAACAAAUAGAAAAGGGAUAGAUUGAUGGAGAUGGGAUCUUUGUUGCUGGAUGUGUAUCACUCUCAACAAGGAUCAAUGGAUGGGAGAUGAAUGAAGAUGGAACCGGUCUUGCUGGAUGUGUAUCACUCUCAAGAUCGAUUAAUGGAUGGAGAUGGGAUGAUGGACGCCACAAAGCUCUGUGAAAGGAGGCUUUGAUAAGUCAAGUUGCUCCAGAGUUGUUUCUGCACACUCAAAAGACUUAGAACAAUAGUUUUGACAAAACUAGAAAAACUGAAUAAUUCAUAAUACUUUCAAAGAUGGGUCAUUUACAAUGAAACAAAGACUAGAGCUUUAUAGGCUCGACCAAGGACUCUCUAACAGUCAUAAAAUGACAUAAGGAAAGAAAUAAAAUCAAAAUAAUAAACUUGGAAGCAAAGGAAUUGAUGACUCCAUGAAAACUAGCCGUUGGAGGCUUUAUGAUGAGAAUCUUGGCCAAAUGAAUGUAGAUGGUGUUCUCCUUGUAUCUGGACGGUUUGAAGGGAUAACUAAGCUUCCUGGGAACCUUCUUGAUGGUUUGGAGGGUGCUGAGGUCGUGCCUAAUAUGAAGGAAAAAGAGCUGUUGGAGCUGGCUGGCAAGAAGCUCCAAAUAAGGCAAGUUGGGGUUAAUGAGGAUCCUCCUGAUCCUAUUUGGGCUGGUGCAUGGAAUGAACUUGUCUGACUCUUCUGGACCAUUGGAUGGACUUCCUGAAUGCAUAGAUAGAUCUCCUGGUCGCCAAUGUCUGGUUUGAAACUGAUUGAACCGGCUAGCUUCCAAUUGAGGCAAGUGUAGAACUGGUUUGACCGGUUUUGGAGAUUGAAUUAUAACUUCAUAAUUCCGGGGCCAUUUAUCCUGAUCUUGGGCUUUCUGGAAACCUGAGAGAUCCAUCUUGAAUCCUAUGAUGGGCUUUGGUUCAGGCCGCUCCUUCCUUGGGCUGGAAUCGCCUUCUAAAGUCGGAUACUCGCAGAUGGAUGGGCUGGAAAACCUCUGACUUGUAAAAUUCAUAACUUCUUGCUCCGUGAAUAGUUUGGCUUGAUUCCAAUUGGCUAGACUCCUGCUUGAGUUUAGAAUCCAAUAAAAUUGGUUUAAUGUUAAAAGUUCUUCUGGUUGUAGAGAUAUACGCCUGGGACUGGGACUGAACCUCGGUCGCUGGUACCUCCUAGAUGGCCGGUUUGGUGAGACUCUGGUUGAACCAUGGAUUUCGUGACCACAACAACUAGCGUAACUUCUGAUCGUAGAUAUCAGUCCUACAUAGCAUCUGGUGGACCUAACUGGUUGAACGACCUAAUUGCGUAUGAAGCAAGGAACGCUGCUCGUCCUCCGUAAAUGGAAACACCACUGUCUCACCUCCAUACGUGUAGUGAGUGGUUUGUUAUGGUGUUAUGUCUCUGUGACAACCAUUUUUAUUCUUCUUAUCUUUACCUACCUACUGGUAUGGUUUUUUUAUUUCUCCUUUGGUUUUGGAACUUUGGUUUGAACGUUUGCCUUGAGGGCUCAAUAAUAUCUAGUGUUAUAAAAAAAAGAUAUAUGUUUAAAUUAAAUGUAUAUAAUUUUCAGACUUAGAUAGUAUACCUUCAUAUGUAAUUUAUUUAAAUAUUUUUGAUGUUAAAUUUUAAAUUUAUAUAGUCAUUUAAAAAAAUGAAAUCAAAUGUUUAGUUAAAUUCUUUAUAAUAUUAAUAUAUGAAGUUAUAAGUUUGAUUUUUGUUAAAGUUUCUUAUUUUUUUGAAAUGUUACAUUAUCUUGGGAGAUGACAAUAUUUUAAUAUUUUAUGAAAUUUUAUUUCUAUUACUUAUUCAAUAAUGAAAUACUCCAACAAACAAAAAAUAUAUAGAAAAAGAAACAAACAUAUGUGAAAAUUUAAAGUAAGCUAUUUGAUGAAAAACAAGUAUAGUCUAAUAUUAUUAUGUUUGAACAAGUUUAAAUAUACAUAUCAUAUAUGUGGUUACUAUAAUAUAUACCAAUUUAGAAGUGAAAACAAAUUGUUUAUAUAACUAUAAACGAAAACAAAUAUUCGCGAAACCGCGCGGGUCGAGAUCUAGUUUAACUAUUAAAAUCAUAAAUUUGCCUAAGCAGCAUAACACCAACAGUUGACAUAGAAGAUGAUGUGGAGGCUAGCGUUACCAUACCUGUUGAUAUCAGUGCGGAGAAAACAACAAAUUAUAUGUUAGUUUACAUUAUAGCAGUAAACUCCAAAAAAGUGUAGAGUGGAAUGUUAAUGGUAUGAGAAACAUGUUAAGGUAUACAAAUCAUUAAAAAUAUGCACAUGUGUGACAUCUAGAAAUCAUCAACUAAAUUGUCUCGAACCCCACAUAAAGUAAUAUUUGCAAUAUGACAGAAUAAAGCGCUAAGACCAACUCCAUCAAUGGGUUCCUAUAGGGUUCUAAACCCAAAAGGUGAAAAAAAAUAAAUAAAAAAGACCCAAAAUUAAGAGAACCGGUGCCAUAUUCAGGCUUUUUAGAACUGGUAAGAGGCGCCUACGUGUCACUCCCUCGUUGCACCGCUUCUGUUUUGUCCCUCUCUCUCCUUUGGUCGGGGUUUCGAUGAAACCAAAGACAAUCUAGUCUCUUGGAGUCUCCGUCUCGUUCUGAGCGAUCUUCUCUCCGACCGAUCCGUUUCGCAAACUCCGGCGACUCCGUCGGCCCAUCUUCUCCGUCAUCUCCAUGGGUCUGUCCUUUCUCUCGGUCCUAGUCGUCUGUGUCACCGCGUCCUCUCUCUCAGUCCUAGUCGUCUGUCUCACCGCGUCCUCUCUCUCACUGCUGAUGGACGCGCUUUUGAGAAAUGGUACUGCUCUCACCUCUCUCUUAAAGUCUUAAUUUUUUUGAUUUGUCGAUUUGAGUUUUCUUAUGGUUCAAUCUAGAUUUGUGAUACUCUGUUUUGGGAUUUGAUUCGAGUGAGGAAUGUGGAGUUAUGAUCGCUAAUCGUCUUUGGCUUCAUCCUUGCUUUGGCUUCUUACUUUAUAUGGUUAAGGGUCUCCCAGAAGAGAAAGAAUUCACUCACGUUAAUAUUACACACGACCAGUCAAGUGGUGGUGGGUGCGAUCGUGGGUUCUGUUUAUUCCACCUUAUUGUACAUAACGUGGAACUCACUUGUUCUCGAAGCUUUUGCCUCAUCAUUCUCAGUACAGGUAGCUGUCUUUACGGCUGCUGCUGCAUCUGCUCUAGGUUUUGCAGUUUAUGUGCUACUUAACUGGUUCAAAGAUGACGACAUAUGACAAAGAAAAUAUAAUAAUUCCAGGGUUAUAAAACUAUUCAUUUGUUUCCCAUUUCACUCAUACUGUUUGAGCUGUCUAGCAAUCAACAUUACCACUUGUGUUCUUCUUGUAAAGGAGCUUCUUGAAAUCAGUUUCAUUCAAGUUCUUUGUGUUUUCUGCUG